AUGAAUGCGCCUAAUCGGUUUGAGUCGUUCGUCCUGGACGAGGGCGAGAAGCCAGUCGAGGUCAUAGAGGACACCAAAAUCCCCAACGCCGCCACCAUCAAAGUCGUGAAGCAGGACCACACCCUGGGCAACCUGAUCCGGGCGGAACUUCUUACGAUGCCGCAGGUCCUCUUCGCGGGCUACAAGGUCCCGCACCCCCUCCAGCCGUAUUUCCUGAUCAAGAUCCAGACCGACGGCUCGAUGACCCCGUCCGCCCUCAUCGUCCUGGUCAACAACCUCGAGGGCAAGUUCAAGCGCGAGUUUUCCUUCAAGGACGCGGAGAGUGGCGCACCGGAGGAUGCGUACGGUGCACCGGUGCCUGCGUCGGGCCGCUGGCAGACGGGAGGGGACAGGGAUUACCUGGACUUCUGA